CACUUUGAUGCGUCCGUCGGCCCCCGCCCCCGCCUACCACCCAGUAUCGCCUGCCCCCCGCACAGUCGUCCUCGUCCGCAAUGCUCGCCACCGUACCCCGCCCCGCUCUGGCGCCUGAGCCGGCGCUCUCAAGCUCCCCCGAAGUGGGACUGAGCGCCGCUGCGCUUGCGGCGCUUUCGCAGUUCAUGGUUGAGUCGCAGGCGCUCGAAGAGAUGGCGGCGGCGUACGCCGCCGCCGAUGAGCUCGCAGCGGCGGAAGCCAAGGGCGACAAGCCCUGGUCGAUGGAGGCGUUCCCCGAGCAGUGGGGCAUGAGCCAGUUCUGGAACGACGAGGAGACAGCGCGCCGCCUGGCGCGCGAGUGCGUCGCCCAAGCGAACGGCGGCACGAUCGUGCUCAUCUCGAGCCCCAGCGUCUUCCUCAUGCUCAAGAAAAUGGCUGUUCCCAACCCCCUCCUCCUGCUGGAAUACGACACGCGCUUCGCCGUCUUCCCCGAGUUCCGUGCGUACGACUACGCGCGCCCCCUCGCCCACCUGCCCGACGUGCAGGCCGCCGUGGUCCUCGUCGACCCGCCAUACGUCAACGACGAGUGUUUCUCCAAGACGGCCGAGACGGCGCGCGCGCUCGCGGGCCCCGACACCAAGUUCAUCGCGUGCUCGGGCUGGGUGGUGCGCGAGUGUGUUGCGCAGACCCUCGGCGCGCGCAUGGCCAACUUCCGCCCAGGACAUGCCGGGGGUCUCGCGACGCCUUUCCGUGCAUACGUCAACUACGAGAGCAAGAACCCCGCGUUCCAGUACGACCCCGACCCCGAGGACGGGGACAACGACGGCACGGCCUUUGCGGGGGCCGGCGGCGUCGGCGUCGAUGCGUGAUGCUGCACAGAUAGACCAGAUAGAGCCUAGAUCUAGAGGAUGACACCUUGUAUCAAAGUUGAG